AUGAUGCAGUCAAACGAAAAAUCUUCACGUAGUGUAACCAAAGCAAGUGUAAUCGUGCUCGGUAUUUUUACUUUAUUUACAUUUGUUCUCUUUGCUCUGGUCGUUGCAACACUUGCAAUAGUCGUUAAAAUGAACAACCGAUAUGGUGCUUCUUCCGUGAUCAAACCUGUGACAAUUCCAAAUAACUCAGUGGUAAUAUUGGAAAGCAAUACAACUGUUGUUGCUCCUAUUAAAGACUUAGCGACAUAUCAUUUUAUUAUUGUUGGUUGCGGUACAAGCGGAGCUGUACUAGCAUCAAGAUUAAGUGAGAAUCCAAAUUUUCGUGUAAUUUGUAUUGAAAAAGGACCCAACGAUCUUCCGGAUGCCAAUGCUUGGAAUGGAAUGAAAAUUCCAAAGGAUUUAAAUUUCAUCUCACCUCAUGAUCCGAUUGCUAUAAGCACUCGUCAACAAAUUCAAAAGAGACCAAUUUAUAUUGCUCGAUCCAUGGGUUUAGGCGGAACAUCAAGGAUAUAUGGAAUGAUCACUGUUAGACCUAGUCCAGAUAUAUUAAAAGAUUGGCCUCAAGGAUGGCAUUAUGAUGAUCUAUUGCCAUAUUACAAGAAAUUGGAAGAUCAUUAUUGUUACUAUGAUCAUACAAACAUUUCGACAGAUGAAUGUGAAUUGUAUCAUGGUAAAUCGGGUCCAAUGCAAAUCAACAGUCUUGACCCAUCAGCAUUUCACAAAAUCAGUAAAGCUUUUGCCGAAAUUUGCUAUGAUUCAAGUCAACCAUGGAAUGGUUAUUCAGAUGAUUACAAUGGAGAUAUCAUUAAUAAACCAUAUAGCUGUUCAUUGUUUCAGCAAUUUAAAUACCGUUUAAACCGUACUUCAAGUACAUCACCAUUUUUUCGUGGCAGCAGUAAAUCUGGUUACUUGACUUCCCAAGUUUUAGAUCGUCCAAAUCUUUCAGUCAUUAUUGAUGCAACAGUCACACGAAUUGUAUUCGAUGAUACGAAUCGUGCAAUUGGCGUUGAAUAUUUUGAUCCAAUGUCACACACAGUCAAACGGAUUCAUGCAUUUUAUGAAGUUAUUCUUGCAGCCGGAGCAUUUGCUACUCCUCAUUUACUUCAAGUUAGUGGAGUAGGAGAUCCUGAUCAUUUAAAAAAAAUUAAUGUAACACUUGUCGCCAAUAAUACACAUGUUGGUAAAAAUCUAGCAGAUCAUGUAAGUAUUCCAUAUGUUGUUCAACUUAAUGUUUGUGAUGAAGCAUUAAGUGAAACGAAUGGACCAUUUUCUUGGCUUAUACAAUUCAAUUCUGGUGUUCGUAAAAAUCAGAGUAGAAAUAUCCGUGAUAUUCAAAUAUAUUUGCUGGAUACAGCUGACGGACGAUUUACAUAUUCAGAUCGAUUCUGUUCUAGUGAGUCAAAAACUGGCUGCGAUGCUAACAAUCCGACCAAUUCAACUUUUCGUGUUAUUCUUCAAUCCAACGAUUUUUCAUUUGGAACAGUGCAAGCUUUAACAAGUUCAAUAUUCGAUAAGCCGGCUAUUGAUUUGGGUUGGAUUAAAUUUAGCGAGAACGACAAAAAUACUCUUUCUGUAGUUUUUGAUCUAUUACGUUCUCAUACAACGAAUAAAUCAACAGAAUUCGGUAAAUUGAUUGCACGUGAAAUCCUACCUGGUGAAUUAACACUUGAUGAAUAUUUACAAAAUCAUGCUGACAGUGCACUUCAUCCUACUUGUUCAUGUCGAUUAGGUUUAUGUACUGAUGAACAAUUAGUUGUACGUGGAACAAGAUCAUUACGUGUUUGUGAUGCUUCGAGUUUUGGUUCACAAGUGGAUGGGAAUCCUUCUACAACAAUUUAUGCUAUGGCUGAAAUGCUUUCCGAUAGAUUAAUACAACAAUAUACAAUACAACCACAGAUUGGAACAUGGAAAAUGCGCGAUACAGUAUUAAUAUUUGAAAGCAAGGAUAGCUCAUCACAUUCAAAAAUUGCUUCAUUUGAUUUGGAACAAACAUUGAUUAGUACAAAUCCAAAUAACGAAUCUGAUUGGUAUUUAUUAAAUGCAUUUAUUGUUCCUCAACUAAAAGAUUUAAAUUCACAUGGUUACAAAAUUGUUAUUUUUAUGAAUCAACCUAAUCUAUGCAGCAACAACAGUAACGAUGAUACAUCACAACUAAACAUCAGACUUCAUUGGCAAUCCAAAAUUGAAACAAUCGUCAAAGCACUAGAAGUUCCUAUGCAAAUCUUCAUCUCGACAUGUUACGAUGACUAUCAUAAACCGCAUGCCACCAUGUGGCAUGAGUUUGCCUGGCAAUUCAAUGGUGGUGUUGGCAUCGACUACAAAGCUUCAUUUUAUGUUGGUCAUAAAACAAAAUUAGACGACUUAUCCGACAUCAAUGCGCAAUUCGCAGCUAACAUUCCACUAGCGUACUACUUACCUGAACAACAAUUUAGUAAUCAUUCUUUAAGUAAGAGUAUGAAACGUUUCAAUGUAAUUCAAACUGUUCAAAUACCGGCUUCAGCUGAUAUUGUUUGGAAUUUGAUUGGCGGAUUUUUCGAUAUUCAUAAAUGGCAUCCACAAAUUUUAGCUACUGAAAUGAAUGAUCACCAACCAAUGCCCAUAAAACGUCGUGUAAUUUUUGCCAACCAAAUGAUUGAUACCGUUGAACAAUUGGACUUUUUAGACAAUCAUCGACGAGAGUAUCAAUAUAUAAAUGUUGGUGGUAACUGGGGUAAAUUGGUACAAAAUUAUAAAUCAAAAUUACAUGUAAUCGAAGAUAACAAUGGCCAAUCAUCUAUUGUUAGUUGGUCUGGUUCAUUUGAUAGUUAUAAUGAUAUAGUUAGUGACUUUUAUCGUAUUGGCCUAAAUUCAUUAGCUGGUUUAUUUUCACCACCGUUGCCAUGUUCAGGCGGAAAUAGCUAUUUCAACAAGACAUUGCUAAUGAAAAAUGGCCGACCAAAUCUACAUGUUUAUUGGCGUCAAGAAUAUAACAUCAAUGCAAGUGAAUUGUGGAAAAUUGUUGGUGUUUGGAAAGGUAAAUUAAAUGGGCUACCAUCUAUUGAACCUGGAUCAGAGUAUAGUUUCAAAUUACCAGAUCCAACGCCGAGAAUCUAUGAAACUUUGUUGUCCUAUGAUCAGGCAAACUAUGAAUUUGUUUACUGUAUGAGACCAACUGUACCACGAUCAUUACCCGUCACGAAUUAUGUUAGCAUGAAAAAAGUGGUUUCAACCGGAUCUACAACUUCAGCUUGGAUAAGAACUGGACAUAUGCUUGUGGAUGACGGAACCACUGUCGAUCAAGCUGCUUAUCAAGUUCUCAUGGGUGUCUUUGUGGCUGGUGGAGAACGACUUCGUCAACAAUUACAGAACACUACUAGAAACUUGUAG